AUGCUUUGGGACCCCUCUACCACGUUCAAUGUGAAAUCAGCAUUCUCUCAACAUUCUGAGGAAAUUGAAUCCAUCUUAAUCGUCAUCAACGGCUUUCUGGGUGCGCUGAGGACGAAAAGUUCCGCUGAGUUCGACAAAUACUGCGUGCGAGCGGGAGGAAUGUCCCUCUGGCCCCCUUCACCGACCCUCCCUCGUUUCUGUACCAUUGGAACCUUCGUGGAACAGGUGAUCAAGAUCCAGGAUGAGAUCGAUGAGCGUAUCUGGGACCCUGAAGUGAAAGUAUAUCCUUCAGGUAGCUUGGCCGCCGUCUGGGCCCCUUUCCGGGCAAAGGUUAACGGUGCUGUGCAUCAUGUUGGCGUUGAGCUCUUCAUACUUCACAAAGUCAACAACACAUGGAAGGUGACUGGAGUGGCUGAUUCGUGUCGAGAACCGACAGAGGAGGAAAAAAUCUGGUUGCCUUGA